CCUACCCUGCAAAAACAGGACCCGCCCCGCCCCGGGGGGUAGCAAAGUCAAACGCGCGGACACGCGGGCGGCACGUUCCGGAGGCCCGAGCGCGUCACGAGGGCGGACACGGAGGACCAGGAAGUCAGCCAACUGCGUGCCGGCCCGGGGCCGGCGGCAUCCACACAAGAUCGCAGAAGCAGGAGAAAGCUCGGGAGGGGCGUCUGGCGCGGCGAAGACCAGCCCUGAGCCCAGAGAGGUCGGCAGACGCUGCCCAGCAGCGCGCCGGGCGGAGCCGCGCCGGCACACCAUCCCCGCCGUGAGCCCUGGGCCCAGCCAUGCGCCGGGGGGGCGUGCGCAGCUUCGCGCUGGAGCUGGCGCGGGGCCCGGACGACGCGUACCGCGGCGGGGAGCGCCUGUGCGGCCGGGUGCUGCUGGAGGUGGCGGCGCCGCUGCGGGUGCUGGCGCUCGAGGUGGCGGCGCGCGGCGGGGCGGUCACGCACUGGCUCGAGGCCCGAAGCGUGGGUGUCAAUGCCAUCUCCAGCGACUACGUGGCCGCCGAGACGUACCUGCGAUGGCGGCAGCUGCUGCUCCGAGGCACUGGAGAGACCACAACGCUGCCUCCUGGGCGUCAUGAAUUCCCAUUCAGCUUCCAGCUGCCACCGACGCUAGUGACUUCCUUUGAAGGCAAACACGGCAGUGUAAGAUACUGCAUCAAAGCCACCCUCCACCGGCCCUGGGUUCCUACCCGUCGGACAAGGAAGGUGUUUACUGUUAUUGAGCCUGUGGAUAUCAACACACCGGCUCUGCUGGCCCCUCAAGCCGGAGCUCGGGAAAAGAUCGCCCGAUCCUGGUACAGUAACCGUGGCCUUGUCUCCCUCUCAGCCAAGAUCGACCGCAAGGGCUACACGCCAGGUGACGUGAUCCCUGUCUUCGCUGAGAUCGACAACGGCUCCACGCGCCCCGUGCUGCCUCGGGCAGCUGUGAUCCAGACCCAGACCUUCAUGGCGCGAGGUGCCCGAAAACAGAAGCGAGCCGUGGUGGCUAGCCUCUCGGGGGAGCCUGUGGGCCCCGGGCGGCGGGCACUGUGGCAGGGCCGGGCUCUGCGGAUCCCUCCCGUGGGUCCUUCUAUCUUGCACUGUCGUGUGCUACACGUGGACUAUGCCCUCAAGGUCUGUGUGGACAUCCCGGGCUCAUCCAAGCUGCUCUUGGAGCUCCCACUGGUCAUCGGCACCAUCCCCCUGCACCCUUUCGGCAGCCGCUCGUCUAGCGUGGGCAGCCAUGCCAGCUUCCUGAUGGACUGGGGGCUGGGGGUCCUGCCAGAGCGGCCUGAAGCCCCUCCUGAGUACUCCGAGGUGGUGCCUGAUGAGGAGGUGGCAGCCAUGGAGCAGAGCCUCUUGCCGCUACUGCAGGACCCUGACAUGAGCACGGAAGGCCCCUUCUUUGCCUACAUCGAGGAGUUCCGCUUCCGCCCACCGCCCCUGUACUCCGAGGAGGAUCCAAACCCACCCUCCGAGGCCAGGAGACCCCGCUGCAUGACCUGCUGAGUGUCAGGUGGAAACCUCAAAGGAUAAAGUGUUUACACAUGCUUCCAGCCACCAUGGACAUGAGCAAGGAGGGGCUAAAUGAAGAACGGACUGCGCUGACUACAUUGAAGUUGGGGAAACUGAGUCUCAGAACAUAACAGGGCCAUUCCAACAUCACACACAGGAAGAGCCAGUCUGGAGUCUUGACAUAUCUGGACUGGUCCUCAUAAGGUACCAGAUACCCACAGUAGGAUCUGAGAAACCAUUCAACCUGUCUACAUCGGCCUAUGUUCCCUCAGAAGCCUCCAGUCUGAGAGCGACAGAACCAGACAUAAAUACUUCCAGACCCACAGGACCAGAGGAAAGGACCCCGAGCUGGGAGAGUCCAAAGAGGGAGUAGAGAAGGCUUCCUGGGGAAAGGGCAUUUUAGCUAAGGCUUUGGUGUAUGAACAAGAGCUUGGUAGGCAGGCAAGCAAGAGGAAAAGUCGAAGAAGGUCAGAGCUGACUAAUGUUUGGAGACCGUCCCCUUCAUCUUUGGAGUGGGACUCAGUCGAGGCUGUACUGCAAGGUCCGGGAGGCGAGAGGGCCCAGGAACGAGGCAUUCAGGAAAGCAGGUCAUCAGGGCCAUGUGGGGGCUGAAGGGUGGCAGGUGCAGCGACUCUAGCCUUAAAGCCUUUGAAAACCAGAGACUCCUGUCCCAGGCUGGAGCGCCUGGGCACCUCCACACGAUUCAGCUCAUGAGUACUGCCUGGGUACUGCAUGGCCUGAAAAACACAGGUUCAAAGGAAGACAGACAAGACUGGCUACAUAGCUUGCAGAAUGAAAAUGCGGGGCCACUUGUUCAAGAAUUAAGAAUUUCAAGACAGGGACAGCAGAGCAUUAGCCCAGGCUGUGGGGACAGAGGUCAGCCUGGGGUGACAGAGUAGGGCCACAGUAUGCUUCUGAACACCCGCUGUGUCCCAGAGGCACACAGUACGAUGGGGCAGCUGGAUAAGCCUCCAGGUGCAGAGACCCGGCCGAGGCAGGGCCCCCGCCUGGGACUCCACAUUUCUGAUAAAGCCUUAAAUUGUUCUCUUUUGUACAUUUUUUUAAAAAUAAAAAUCACAGAGGAAGA